AUGGCUGGAAGCAGGCCAGGUGGAUUAAUUGCGGGAGCUUGGACUGCUAUGAUGUCUCUCGGACUAAAUGGCUACUUGGACAGUACAAGCCGUAUCAUGGAAGUUUCGAAGAAAAUACAAAGAGGGAUUGGAGAGAUCCCAGGGUUGUUUGUGAUUGGGAAACCAGAUUUGACCGUUGUGGCGUUCGCCUCGGAUGUUGUCGACAUAUUUGAGGUGAAAGCAAACCCAGGCCCUAUUAGCGGUGGAAUGGCUCCUAUCUACGGCGCCGCAGGGAAGAUGCCAGACAGAGGCACGGUGAAGGAGCUGCUUGUGGAGUUCAUGGACAGCUCUUGCUGA